CUGAGUAGCGAAGCCGGCAGGGAGAGGCCGGCAGAGGCCCGGCUCCGGUAGCUCCGGCUUCCCUCCUGCUCUGGCUCCCCCAGGGCUGCUCUGGAAUUCUCUCAGUGCCCGCUGUUGCCAUGCACUCGGCUGGGCCUCACAGAGCCGAGUCCCUGAUGAGCAGGCAGGAGAAGGAUGCAGAGCUGGAUCGGAGGAUAGUUGCCCUGCGCAAGAAGAACCAGGCCUUACUACGCAGGUACCAGGAGAUCCAGGAAGACCGUCGGCAAGCAGAGCAGGGGGGCAUGGCUGUGACCAUGCCAGGGCUCCUCCAAUCCGAUGGCCUCACUGUCACCAUCAGCCAAAUUCCUGGUGAGAAGCGGGUAGUCAGCAGGAGCUGGGCAAGGAGCACCCUUGGACCUGAAGCUGCCAGUGAGAUGCUUGAGGAUGAGCACUGCACGGGUACUUUCUGCUUGGGGGAGCGGGUGGAACUGGCGGUGACCAUGGAAAACAAAGCCAAGGCCAAACGGAUCGUAAGUGAAAAGCCCACCAGAGUAAGGAACCAGGGGGCAGAUAGGUCACCUGGAGGGGGCGUGGGCCGGAGCCCCCCUGUGCAGAUGGCCAUCAGCUUGGAUUCUUCACAGAAGGGUGCUCGGGAACCCCGGAGUCCAGGUGUGGUCCCAGGCCAAGCUCCCCAACAGCCAGUGGGGGAGCCCCCGGAGGUGGGCUGGGACUACGUCCAGUGGAAGCAGGAGCGGGAGCAGAUUGACCUGGCCCGCCUUGCUCGGCACAGAGACGCGCAGGGUGACUGGCGCCGCCCGUGGGACCUGGACAAGGCCAAGCCCACGCUACAGGACUGCAGCAAGCGUCAGGAAGAGGGCCCAGGCAGGGGAGGCAGCAGAAAGGGUCCCAGGGGCCACUGGAAGCUACAACCCCCAACAUUGCCCCCUGAUGGAAAAGGUCGGGGUGGGCAACCUGGCAGAACCUUGGUGGCAAUGGCCACAGGCAGCAAAGCCCGAGGGAAGGAGAGGCUGACUGGCAGGGCCCGAAGGUGGGAUAUGAAAGAAGACAAGGAGGAACUGGAGAGUCAGGAGGGAAGCCAGAGCACCAGGACGACUCCCAGUGAGGAGGAACACACACAGAAGCAGAGCGGGGUGGGGCCGGGCAGACUGGGGAGUGCCCCGGCAACCAGCCCAGUCCCCCAAGAGGAGACAAAAGGGGAGUCAGGAGCCUCAGCAGCCAGUCCAGCCCCUGACUCUCCACAGAAGACUGACUUGGCUCCCCUUGACCUCUCUCUAGGAGGGGCGAGCAGACCUGGGCCUGGGGAGAGCACAUGUGUACUUAGUCCUAGGCCUGGGGCCCUGGAGAGCCCUGUGUCCUGGCCAGAUGGUUCCAAGCAGUCCCCCAGGUGGAACAACCACGAGGCUAAGCUGGAAAUCCAGACUUGCUCUGAGCCACAGAGAGGAGCAGGGGCCCUAGAUCCCAGAGAGAACAGGUCUGGCAAGGCUGGGGCCCAGCAGGGCCUGGCACCGAGAAGCAGGCCCCCCAGAGGAACCAGCUUAAGGGCAAGAGGCACAGGAGGUGUGAGGAGCAGGACAGGGGGUCCUGGCCCUGCAGGAAGAUGCUGAGCAAAGCUCCUGAGAGCUGUGGAGCCAGGUGGGGAGAGGAGGAGGGAAAGGCUCAGUCAAGAGUCUUCAGCAUGAUGGGUGUCUGGCUGAGCGGUGUGGCAAAUUCUUCAGCAAGGUGACCUUGUGAGGGCAAGGAGCUGUCCCCUUCCCUGCACCUCACAUACACAUCCUGUGCACAAGUGUGUUUUCAUGUGCAGGCACAGCCCCUGGUGCAUUCCCAUGCUGGCACCUGGUGUCUGAUUCUGGUGAACCCUGACUGGGGCCUACUGCUGCCCUGGCCAAAAGCUUUCUCCACCAUGGUGAGAGAGCAAGGUUUGGUAGCACCCAGCACCUGGCUCUCCUGGCUCCCCAUCAUCCCCCAUGGCCUGGCCUCCCUCUCUGCAGGCUUCCAGCUCCUUAGGUCCAAGCAGCCUCAAAGCUGGCAUGGACAGCCUAGGCCUGGGCUCUUUCCCAUGUUCCUGCCUUGCAUUCAGGUGACUCAACAGUCCCAGACUCACAGUAUAGCCAAACCAAGGAAUCUCAGCAAUCACCUGCUAGCCUCCUGUCUCUACUGAAGAGGAGGCUAAAGCCUAGAGACAGGGAGGUCACACAGCUGGCAGGUACAAGGCUGGGAAUAGAACAGUAGAGCUCAGGGUUUCUCUGUAAAAAGGAGGGUCUCUGGAAAGGCCUGAUCUCUGAAAUGGGGUAGGGUGAGGAUCGACAACUCCUCUCCCCACAGCAGGGUAGGAGACUAUCAGACAUUGUUGCACCCUGAAUGGAGUCAAGGGCCUGGCCCUGCAGCCCAGGGUCAUUUCCUGCCCUUACCUACUUCCUCUCCGCCCCCCCCCCGCCACCUCCCUGCACCAGGGUCCUGCAAAAGCCAGGACUCACAGGAACCCAAGAGACAGAGAAACAGCGACUCCAGCUAAGGAUGACACCAGGACUCGUCUCUCCUACUUAGCCUCCAUUCCCACCCCUCCCGUGAGGCCCACGUCUGGUGAAUUAUCCAGACUCACAGAAGCCGUGGCUUCCUCUCAAUUCAACAAACAUUUCCUGAGCACCCACUACAAGUAAUCCAGCUGGUGGGUGAUGGUGACUUUGCCGGCAAGAGGGAGGGAGGAAAGCCAGUCAUCCAGCAGAUGCAGGCUGACAGCAGGCACUGUUCUUGGCUGUAGGUGCCUGGCAGAGGCGGUUGCUCCUCUUUUUUGUUAUGCACACCCUUUGCUCCCAAGCCCUUGCCUGGAUUGCACCACGUGGUCCCUCCUACUCCCCUCUGCUCUGAUCAUGCCACGGUUGUUCCACUCUACUGAGGGUCGUGGGCUCACACCCCUCUGAGGCUCAAGGGAUAAUCCAGAUCAUCCCCCAAAUCUCCCCACUGUUCAACGUGAUGCCUGAAUCAUGGGGUCCCAGCUCAGGCUUCCUCACUGGCUCUGGGCUCCACCCCUACCUCUUCUAUUCAGGAAGUGUGAGGAGGGGUACCUCUUCAGCAGAUCAGCCUGUUUAGAGAAGUGCUUUCAUACUUUAAUGUGAAGAGUAAUGCAGAGUUGAAUUCGGUAGGUCUGGGGAGGGUCUGAGAGUUUGCAUUUCUAAUAGACUCCAGGUGAGGCCUGUGCUGCUGGUUCCUGGACCACAAUUUCUGAGUAGUAAGGGUUUAGACUAGAAUAUAUGGAGGGCUGAAGGUGAAGACAGACUCUAGACUCUAAGGGUGGGUUGCUGGCUAUGUAGGAGAUGGGGGGGGGGACUUCCUGGCUUCAGAGUUGGCUGGGAAGCUGAGACUCCUGCAGAAGAUUCUUUAGAGGGUAGGGAGAGGGUGGUGUCAACUUCCUUUAGUGCAUAGUGAGAAAUCUGGUCAGGAGUGGGAAGGGAUGAAGGGGGUGGAAGAGUUUGAUGAGGGGUUGAUCAGAGGAAUUGUAGAAAGGCUUGGAAACAUUCCUGUGCACAGGAGACAUGCCUAGGCUAGGGUGAAGAUACCAAGCUCAAGUUUUCCUCUUACCAUCCAGUCGCAGGUAUAUGAAUUUGGAGUGUGGCACAGGCCCUGGAAUCCACGACUCCCAAAGGAUGGGGCUGGGGUAGAGCAAGUUCAGGCACAGACCUUAAAUCCUGAUAUCUCCUAAAAUGAUUGUGAUCAAGCAUUUGAAUUCUAAGAUUGACAGUCUGCUCCCAAACCCUCAAUGCCACCAACUGUACAGAUGUGCCUUCGUGUUUGACCACAGGAUGGGGAUAUGGAGGUUGGGUAGAGCUCUGGUUCAGCCCUCACAAUGGAACCUAAGCAGGAGAGAAAGCUGGGGAGAAGGGCUGUGGAGAAAUAGGGCUUCACUCCAUGGGGUAACAUCCAGAAAGAUGUUAGGAUAGAUGUUACAGGAGUCACUAGGUGUUGGAGAGAAUAGAGACCGGGAUGGGGUGUCUUCAAUGCAGGAAGAUUGUAGUACAGGCAAAUAAUAUUGAGCUUUUCUCAAAAAAAGGAGAGCUCUUCCUGGAGAUAAGGCAAGCAAUGGCUAUGUUAGUGAACCCCAGCUCUCCGUCCAGGUUGUGGCCACCCUUCUGCUCUAGGAUGGAACCAGGUAUGGAGCAGGGAGAAGUGUAGUUAGACACCCCUCCACAGACCUCGGGGUCAUGGAAGCUGGUUGAAUCUCUUUCUGGCUCCUUUGUUGAAAGGCCUGGCUGGGAGCCUUCCUCUUGUAUGCCUUUCUCCUCUCUAACCAACAGAUCAGACUAUUCUUCAAAGGUAGAAAGGUCUUCAUUCAACAAGCCUAUCAGGAAUGCAGGCACAGGGCUGGAGGGAUAGAGAGGAGGGCACACAGAAGUAGUAAGGGGCCAGAGGACAUGACAGCUUUGCCCAAGGCCUCGAAGCAAGAGGGCAGAUGAGGCAGAGGCUUCUCCAUCCCAGGCCAUCUCACCUUGGCAGAACAAAAAUGCAGAAACUCAGAGUGCAAGAAAGGUGUGUGUGUUGAUGAGAGGCAGCGUGGCAGAGCAGAACAAGCAUAGGCCUGGAAGCCAACAGACUGUAUCUGAACCCUAGGUCAGCCAUCUGUUGGCUGGGUGACAUCGGUCACUUUUAGCCUCUAAAAGCCUCAGUCUCCUUUUCUGCAAAAUGAUGCUAGUAAAACCUACCUUGAAGAGUUGCUGAGAAAAUGGAAGAUAACAGCACACACAAUAUACCCAGCACGCAGUAGACACUCUAUUAACGGUAGCCUGGCACACAGAAAGCACUCAGUAAAUAUUUGUUGAAUAAAUGAAGUAGCUAUCUGGUGUGA